AGCGCCGUCACUACAGGACACAGGAGAGCAGGGAGGAGGUGGGAUUGGUUGAUGUUGCCACGGCAAUAGAGGAGGCGAUCAUUCACCAAAUCAUUGAGCAGGGGCUGAAAUGGAAAAAAUAAAAUGAGUGGAGGGCUGCGGAAAGCGGGUUAGAGGGUGAAGGACUGAAAAGAGGAGAGGAGGGGGGAAAAACAAUAACAACAACAGCGAGGGAUUAGGCAUCGACUGAGCAACCAGGAAGUCCAUUUAGGACAAAGCAGCGUUAAAAAUCCUCUCAGACUUUAGACGUGAUCGUCAUAGCUGCGCUGCCUGUUGGAUUGGACAGCUGCUCAAGAUCUGUGGGAGAAGAAUGGAAGCACACAAAGGAAGGAUGAAAAAACACAGGUGAAAAUAUUAAAAGCAGCUCCUGGACAAUCUCUCCUCUUUGCUGCUGUGAUAUUUCACUCCUGGCAAGGAGUGAGAGGAGUGAGCCGGUUGGAGUGAUGCCUGGGGCACCGAAAUAGAAACGGGGGAGAGAGAGAGGGGCAUCGCCAGAUAUGAGGAGCAUGCGUCAGCACUAAGGCGAGAGAGAGACAACAGAGAUGAGCGAGGUGGAGAGCGAGGUGUAGAGCAAGAGAGCGAUUGAGGGUAGAGGUCAUUAUCGUGGCAUCAGACGGGGCGACUGAAAUAGAGCCUGACAGAUUUGUCACCCUCAAGCGCCACACCUCGGCUGCAUCAUCCCAGCGCUCCAUCCUGACUGCAGCAGCACCGAGGACCCACGAGGGAUUUCCUCGCCUUCUGGGACAAUAACGAUCAAUAAAUUAUUUUUGCAAAAUGAUCCGUUUUGCACCGUUUGAAGCUUUCUCUGAAGAUUGAAACCACUGACACGAAAGGGACACACUGUACUUCUCUUUCAAAAAGCGGAUCGUAUUUAAUUUUUUUAACAGAGGAGGAAGAAUCCUGCACACAUCAAUGCUGAGAUAAGGAUUAUGUUCCCGCUGCAUGAAGAAUCGUUGUCUGCAGGAAGUCAUAUGUAAAAUCUGAUCACCUGGUCAGUCGGUGAACACAGCCCUGUACUCACUGUGUGAAAAUGAGGAAUUCAUUGUCCGGCCAUUUUCUUCAUAUGCUGACUCAACCUAAAUGAGGAAGACAAUGAAGUGUGGACCUCGAGGCAGGCUGACUGAACGACUGGCUGAGUAAGUGCGUGGGCUGCCCGCUGAUAGGAGCUGUGGCUAUCUGAGCACUUUGAGGACACGUAGCCCCGGGGAAAUACCGGGCGGGUGGUGGAGCCCCAUGAUGGGGGAGACGGCGGAAUACCAGAGGCUGCAGGACACCUCAGAGCCCGACUACCAACGCGCGCCCAGCGAUGAUGAAGAGAAACUGGGCAGUAGCAUGCAGUGUGAGGAAGGCACAGAAUGGCUGCUGGAGCUGCUGAUGGAGGUGCAGUUGCAGCAAUACCUGCUGCGGAUCAGAGAUGACCUUAACGUCACGCGGCUGUCACACUUCGACUACGUGAAGAACGAAGACUUGGAGAAGAUCGGCAUGGGUCGACCUGGGCAGAGACGUCUGUUGGAAGCUGUGAAGAGGAGGAAAGCCAUGUGCAAGCGCAAGUCCUGGAUGAGCAAGGUGUUUAGCGGGAAGCGCCCAGACGGAGGAGACAUCCCCCAGCAGGGUCAGCCGGCCUCCUCCUUCCGAAAGUUGUCCCACACGCCUCCACUGGGCCUGGGGGGGGGAGUCCUGGCCACACAGCCUGGUGGUGGUCCUCUUGAUGGGCAGCAGCAAGCUCUGACCUGUCUCAUCCCUGAGAAGGACUUGACUUUGUUUGAGAAGCUUGGGGACGGCUCCUUUGGCGUCGUGAAGAGAGGAGAGUGGCUGACACCUGCAGGGAAGCUGCUGAAUGUAGCUGUGAAGUGUCUGAAGACAGACGUGCUCAGCCAGCCCGACGCUCUGGAGGAUUUCAUCUGCGAGGUCAACGCCAUGCACUCCCUGGACCACCAGAACCUCAUUCGCCUCUACGGUGUGGUGCUCACACACCCAAUGAAGAUGGUGACGGAGCUGGCUCCUCUGGGUUCUCUGCUGGAGCGUCUGCGAUGUCUCCGUCCCCAGGGUCCAGUGUUGAUCCACACUCUGUGUCAGUACGCUGUACAGGUGGCCUGUGGCAUGGCCUACCUGGAGCAGAGGCGCUUCAUACACAGGGACUUGGCAGCCAGGAAUAUUCUGUUGGCCUCGGCUCACAAAGUGAAGAUCGGUGACUUUGGCCUGAUGAGGGCGCUGCCUAGCAACCAUGAGCACUAUGUCAUGCAGGAUCAUCGCAAGGUCCCCUUUGCAUGGUGCGCCCCCGAGAGUCUGAAGACCAGAACGUUCUCCCAUGCUACAGAUACGUGGAUGUUCGGUGUCAGCCUCUGGGAGAUGUUCACACACGGCCAGGAGCCUUGGCUGGGUCUCAAUGGGAGCCAGAUUCUGCACAAAAUUGAUAAAGAAUGUGAACGCCUCCCAAAGCCAGAGGACUGUCCGCAGGAUAUCUAUAACGUCAUGCUGCAGUGCUGGGCACAGAAACCAGAUGACAGACCAACGUUUGUCGCCCUGAGAGAGUUCCUGCUUGAGAGCAUGCCCACAGACAUGUGUUCUCUGCAGGACUUUGAAGAACCUGACAAACUACAGAUCCAGCUCAAUGAUGUCAUCACCAUCAUAGAGGGAAGGGCGGAGAACUACUGGUGGCGAGGUCAAAACAAGCGCACACUUCAGCUGGGGCCGUUCCCCAGAAAUGUGGUGACAUCAGUGGCGGGUUUGUCGGCUCAUGAUAUCAGCCGGCCACUCAAGAACAGCUUCAUCCACACUGGACACGGAGACAGCAACCCUAGCCGCUGCUGGGGCUUCCCUGACAGGAUCGAUGAUUUGUACCUCGGGAACCCCCUGGAUCCUCCUGACGUCCUGAGUUUAGAUCUCAGUGGGACUCAGCCUACACAGCUUCCAGGACGAGCUAAAAAGGAGCCUCCUCCCCGGCCUCCUCAACCAGCCGUGUUAAUCAAGAGUAAGUCUGGUCUCUCUCAGCAGCUCCUCACCCAUUGCUCCUGCCCUCUCUGUUCCCUCCUAGCUCCGCUACUCAAAGAGCCUUGCUACGAUCUCGUAAAUGAGGACGAGGAUUUGACCUCUGCAGGACUAAAAAGAUUAUCACUUCGGAAGACUGGUUCCGUCAAAAGCUUAAAAAUUAAACCUGCUGCGUGGGUCUCUGCUUCCAAACAGGGGAUUAGCCGUAGUCCGGGCUCAGGCUACAACCCCAACGGUGAAGUGUCCCUCAUUGACUUUGGGGAGGAGUUCCCCCCGUCCUCUCCCUCCCCCUCCCCUGUGGUAGAAGUUCAGAUCCCCUCUCUGGCGGAGCUGGCUUUGGAAGCUGAGAACAUCAUGGACCGCACUCCUCCUCAGAGUCCGUCCAGAUCGUUACCCCGCCCCCUUCACCCUACACCAGUAGUGGACUGGGAUGCACGACCUUUACCUCCACCCCCAGCCUAUGACGAUGUAACCCAAGAUGAAGAUGAUAUGGAGGUGAGCUCCAUCAACAGCUCAGAGCAGCAGCUUGAAGAAGAGCAGAGCGAUGUUCUAAACCCAGAUGAGGCUGACGUGGCUCCCUCCUCAGGGCAGGUUGAUGCUCCCGUCUCCUGGGGUCCAGACAGACCGGGCCUGGAGGACAACCUCUUCCUCCCCAGCAAGCAGAGCCAGGGCCUGUCCACAUCUUUCUCCCAGUCGGCAGACAUCUUCCAAGAACUCCAGCAGGAGUGCAUGAGGAGGCUCAACGUACCGAAAGGAAGCGCUGCCCGGUCGAGCUCGCCAUCCCAGACAUCAGCGUUGUUUCCCCACACUUCUCUGACCCAGGAGGGAAAAGAGCAGAGUGUCUUUCCCUCCGGUGAAGACAAACCCCAAAUCCCCCCUCGUGUCCCCAUCCCACCUCGCCCCAUAAAAAGGGGUGACUACACAUCUGCUCGCUGGUCAAGAGAUCUUUCUCUUUCCCCAACUCUCGCAGAUGCCACAGAGGACGUUUCAGGCCCGGAUCAGAACCGACCACCUCAGAUCCCUCCAAGGGACCCUUUGUCUCUGCCGGGCUCCAGGACUCCCAGCCCCAUGGGCCUGUUAGUGGGCUCCCCCCAGCAGAGAAUCUACUCUGUCAGUCCCACCACCAUGCAGGUUCCCCUUACAUCCUGCCCCCCCACACAUGCCUAUGGCUCCUACCUCUCCACCUCUCCAGGUAAACUCAUGCCUACCACACACAGCUUCGCCUCAGAUCCUAAAUAUGCUGCACCCAAAGUGAUCCAGGCGCAGGGGAAGGACUCUGCCAGUAAGGGCCCCUGCAUCCUCCCCAUUUUACGUGACGGAUGUAAAGUGAGUAACACCCACUAUUACCUUCUGCCAGAGAGGCCACCGUACCUCGACCGAUACGAUCGCUUCUUCAGGGAGGCAGAGAGCCUUCCUGCUAGUGGGAUGGAGGAAAGGCAUUUACGGCAAGCCAACACUGCCACCGUCAGACCCAUGGUGGUCAGCAACCAGACUGUCCAGGGACAUGCCCAGGGACAGGGCCUUGUCCAGCUGGGUGAGCUGAAGGCUAAUUUCUCCUCCAACAAUAACAGCAGUCUGGGUGGACCACGGUCAGGGAUGAGGACAUCACUUAGUCUCCCUCGCGUCUGCUCGGAAGGGUUGACAGCACCAGCCAUCACUGCUUCCUGUACCAGGACAGAUGGAGGAGCGAACUCAGCUGACAGGGUCAAAAUGGUGCAGGAGGCAGUUCAUGGUGUCACGAUAGAGGAGUGCCAAGCCGCCCUGCAGAACCACAACUGGAACGUCCAGAAAGCUGUGCAUUACCUAAAGGUGGAGCAGUUGUUCUGUUUAGGUCUGGGGAGCAGGUCCGAGUGUCUGAAGCUGCUGGAGACGUGGGACUGGAACCUGGAAGUGGCCAGCACGCAGAUGUUAGAUAACUAUGGAUCCACAAGGCAGAGACGGUGACAGAAAUCUCAAGCUGCUGAGCUCUGAUUGGAAUUUCAUCCUCAGUAAAACAUCAUCAGAGGAGGUGAUUCGACUUCUUUCUGUUUGACACCUCCAAUCAGACGACUGUUAUUUGACUUAUCACCGAACUAUCACAAAUUCAUUAUGGUUCAUUCAGACUGACCAUGGAGACAGGAAAGUAACUCGUGGGGCAGCAAAGAAGAAUUUGGGACAUAUUUUAAACCUUGUUCUGAAAAAUCCGUCAUUGUUGCACUUAAGAAGUUGUCUAACGGCACCCAGCGUUUUUUAAAGGUUUUUAAAGGCAAAACAGAAUUGGCCUGAAAUGUGUCACUCAAACACUUCUGUGUGCUACCCAACUGUCAAUCAUCACUGCGGCUCGUACACUGAUGGCCAAGUGCAGAGAGUCAGGUUGGGAGUGAAGCUGUAGAGGCCACCAUGAGAUGAAGAGCACAAUAUACACAUAAGCACUUUCUAAUUGUCAAGAGCUUGGAGAGUUUGACUGAAAACUGGGAUCAUAUUUACCGAUCACUGUCUCAACUAAAGCUUGUGCAGUGAAUGUACAGUCGGGUCUAGAAGAAUGAACAGCCUGCUUUGCAGCUGAGGAAUCUGCAUCACCAUCUGAGGCAAGGGUUUCAAGAGCAGUGACAAAUAAAUCAUAGACUUCCACAAACUCUGUGCCCAACAAAUCAAUAUUUGACUGGCAGGAAAUAAUUUUGCCUGUUAUAAAGAAGUGUGUCAUCAGAAAGAAAAAAUUUGGCACAAAUUAAAGCACUUGUCAGACUUCAACUAAAUUCAUCUUCUGCACAAAGCUGCCUAGGUCCUGAAUAUCUAACAUGUGAGUCAUAGUCUGAGAAUUCAGGGCAAAUUAAGGCUUUUUAAAAAACUCAAUCACAAGAGCAAAUCAGUCAAAUUGCCCGACUCCAUUCACUCUGCCAUAAAUGUUUCAAGGACAUUUUCCCAGUAAUACAGCGAAGAAUGUAACAACACAAAAAAAACUUCAAUAGAAUAAAAGCUGGUCACUGUGCAGACUUGUAGCUGAGCUGCUGUGGUUUGGGGAUUUCUUGAUGCCAGUGCCUCUAGUAACCUGUCUGCCAGACUUGAGGAAGAUGCCUUGGGUCAGUGACAACAACUGAGGACAUCUCUGCUUUAUAUUUCCAUCAUGGUAAUUGUGGUCUGCAAAAAUUAUUUCCUCUUCAUGAGCAGCUCCAAACCAUUGUUGUUUAAAAUAAACAAUUAUGAGCCAUUUUUUCUUUGUGUGUCAGUGCUACUGGUCAGCAGUUGUCACUGACUGUUACCAUGGAAACAUGGCUCUUAGUUUUAAGUAAGCUUGAGGGUUUAAUAGCUGUUUUGGUUUUUUUACCAAUAAAAAUACAUAAAUCUAAAUGCUAAAUUAAAGGGCAAUUCCAGUAUUUUGUAUUCUGGGACCUAUGGGUGUAUAAAUGAAUCCUACUUACAAAAACUUUUUGAAUCAGUCCAGUAGAUCUACCCCUUAAAAAAGUAUUUUUGGUGAGAAAUCACUUUUAGAGACAUUUCAUGGACUGUCACAGUUGCCCCAUAAGAUUAUAUUGUCGUCACUGCCGCCUUGACAAUCUACUGGACUGAUUCCAAAUGUUUUAAGUACCAUUCAUUUACCCAUCUACAUUAACAAACAUAGGGCCCAGGUUAAAACAAAUCCAGAAAUUCCUCUUUAGGACUAGUCUUACAGUUAAACUAGUCUAGAAUAUCUUUGUGCAGCCGGCGUCUGAUCUAUGACCAUUGCAACAUAGUCACAGACCCCAGAUACAGUCUUUCCUUAUUCCUCAGCUGAAUACUCCUGCCAGUUCUGCAUUUUCUGCAUGUUUCCAGACUACGUUGGCAGCCAAUAACAUCAACGUAGAGAAAUUUAGCCCAAGGCACAGAUCCUGUUCCAUAAUCAUCACUUAAAACCACAACUGUGAUAUUUUGGUCAGGAGCUUCAGGGGCAAUUAUUCAAAACUUCCAGGACACCUCAGCUCUGCUGAACUCACUGCCGGACGUGAUACAUUCUGCCUGUGUAUUGUCACAGUCGAGCAAUGAACACUUUAAAACUCAAUAUAGAAACCUUUGGGCCUGUGCUGCUGUUUAUAUCAUAUAAACUUUUUAUUUGAAGACUGGUGAAAGAAAAGGCAAUAAAAGGCAUUUAAUAAGCUUUAACCUCUAAAAUUCACUUUUAUAUCGGCAAUACUGAGACAAUGUUUGGUCAUCACACAUGAUCCCUAUGGUGCUUCUCUCUAUAGCAACAAAGAACCAUCUUUGCCAACUGGUGCCCAUCCAUGUAAUUACCAUAUACAUGUCUAUGGCCCUGGCUUCGCUCCAAACCCACUAACCCCUCUGUAUGGCCUCAAAAAACAAAAACAGUAUGUGACACGUCUGAGCACAAUCUGUUUGGGCAGAAACGUUCGGGCAGCCGCUGAAAAAAGCUUCUGUGGAGCCACAACCAGCCCGUUUUUCUGCAUGAGUGAACUAAGAGGCUCAAAAAACAAAACAAAAUAAAACAAAAAAAAGCUAAAGGAGGUAUUUAUAAAGGAUGUACAGGACUGAUUUAUACAGUCAGAGCUUUCUCCUGUGUGCAAUAAGGCUGCUGUAGAACCUGUGACCUCCCAGUCUGUCCAUCCAUUAAUGCCACCCAGUCCGGAAAAUAUCAUGGAGCUGUCUUCUCUUUCGUGAUGAAUCCUAGCGAUUGAACGCACACCGUUUUUCAGUAUCAAGUGUUUGGUGACUCAGUUUUCCUCCCUGGGUAAUUCCGCCACUGAUCCACACUCCGUUCAGCCAUUUCCCUUCUGGCUUGUGUUUGCAUUAGAGCUGACUGUAAAUCAGUGCAUGAGGACAACUGGAAGCGAGGGCUGCCUCCGCUCUGUCCACGUGUUGUUUGUCUUUAUGCCAAGCUGCUGUAGUUGUAUUAGAAGGACUGAACCUUGUGGUGUUAGGAUCAACCCAAAGAAACAUUGUCCUGUUGUGGUGUUGACCCUGAUGUUUUAAAAAAAAAAAACUCUGUUCAGCUCUUUGUUUGCAAGAAAAACAUGUUCAUUAGAAACUGCUACUUUAAAGUCCCUUGUAUUGUUUUUGCUGUUCUUUUGCCAUUUCUCUCGUGUUUUGCUUCCCAGGAUGUGAUUUAUUUUAAAUGCCUACUGUACAGCUGGUUUUCAUUGUGUCUCUCCUCCUGGGUCGAUGGAAAAGUUUGAGAGAAGUAAAUGCUGCAGAAUUUAUAAAUGUAUUUUUUAUUAAAGAGUUAAUUAUUUUUUA